GGGAAAACAGGAAGGGUUUGAAACAGACGCAUUAUUAUGGUGCCUUACAUGCAAGCUGAAAUACACACACACUAACUGCAUAGAGUCUGACUUUUAUCAAGUUUACAGAAUGGGAGCGUUUUUAAAAAUCUUGAUUCUGAGCAUUAGUGUUGCUUACAUAGCUGUGAAGUGGACUGGGCCAAGUUUUGAUCCAGCAUCUCUCAAAGGUGCCAAGGUGUUGGUGACAGGAGCCAGUUCAGGCAUCGGUGAACAAAUGGCAUAUCAUUAUGCUCGCUUUGGAGCUCAGAUUGUUAUCACAGCAAGGAGGGAGAAGGUUUUACAGCAGGUUACUGAGAAGUGUUUGAGUCUGGGAGCCCAGAAAGCUCUCUUCAUACCAGCAGACAUGUCCUCUGAGUCGGACCCUGACAAAGUCAUCGAUUUUGCUGUGAAGAAACUGGGAGGCUUGGACUAUCUGGUUCUCAACCACAUUGGCGUGACUCGCUUUGCAAUGUGGAAUGGAGAAGUGGAUCAUGUCAGGUGGCUCAUGAAGCCCAAUUUCUUCAGCUACAUACAAAUGGCCUGGAGGGCCUUGCCCACCUUGGAACAAAGUAAAGGCUCUUUGGUAAUAGUGUCAUCAAUAGCAGGGAAAAUGAGCAAUCCUUUUGCAGCGCCAUACACUGCAACAAAAGCUGCUUUGAAUGGAUUCUUUGGCUCCCUCACUCACGAACUUGGAAUGAAGAAAAGCAACGUGUCCGUCUCGUUAUGCACUCUGGGAUUUAUUGACACUGAAUCAGCACUGAAUGCAGUCAAGGGAAUCAUUACGGCACCAGCGUACCCUGCUUCAGAAGCUUCAUUGAAUAUCAUCAUAACAGGAGCAACAAGGCAGCCGGAGCUGUUCUACCCCUGGUACACAUAUGUCAUGAAUAUCAUCAAAGACUGGUGCCCCCCCUUAACAAACCAUCUCAUCCGGAACUCCGUUAACUACAAUCCAUAGAAAACAUGUUUAUGAUCAACCUCUCCUAAAAAAAAAAAUUACAUAUUUGAUUCUGAAAUGCACUUACAUCUUACUUACAAUCAAAUGCACUUUAAUUUAGUGUCGGAACUUUUUAGAUUGCACUUUUUGACCAUCGUUUUUGUUUAGCAGCAUUCAUGGUAUAUCUGUAUAAGUUUCAAUGCUAUGAUUGGUAAGGAAAAUACAGUUUGGCUUUUGUUGCAAAAUCCAAGCAAAGUUACACGCAAGAAAUUAUAGAAAUUGGAGACACGAAAUAAUAUAAGUCAUUUUUUUUUGCAUAUUAGAGAGAGACAACCUUAAGACUCACAUGUUAAGAUGCCUAAAGUGGGAAAGAAAUAGAUUGGUGACAAAGAAAUCAAAAUAAAUAAGAGGCGUGCAUGAAGUCAUUUUAAUACUGUAUUACCAUGUUAUUAUAACAACACAUUUUACAGGUUUUAACAGUAUUGUUUGGCUGGCCUCAUGACUUUGGCUGCUUGUCAACUUGCUUAAAAGUGGAAUCUUAUAUGACCCAGCAGGAAGCAAAGUCGGACAGUAUACAGUACUUUGACAAAUUACAGCAAUUUUUUGGCCAAUUUUCCUCAUAUGUCCUAAAGCUUUUACUGCUUUUAGAAAAGCGAUGCCUUUAAAUUUACACAAUUUCAAGGUAACCUCCGUCAAUGCUCAAAAAUGAUUGAGGCUCAGGCUCAACGAUUCAUUUCCUUUUUUAAUCCAUAUCACUAAACAUAUUGACCCAAUGUUUCAUUUUAUAGCAAAAUGUCCUACUUUAUGUCUUUUGUAUCUUUUGAUUUCAUAAAAAAUAGAUUUGAUUUCAAAAAAAAAAAAAAAUGUUUGAGUAACCUGUUUGAUGUAAACUGAGUCAAUUCAUUUCUUGCUAAUGGAUGGUAAGCUGUUGAAAAUGCUUUGGAUCGCUUUAUAUGAUCUCUAAAUGUCCACAUGAGGGCAGUAGUGCAUAAACUGUGAAGAAGCACCACUGCUCCUUUCCAGAUCUAUUAACAGCAGAACACUAUUAUAAGAUUAUCUGCAUGUCCAUGGGAUGAAGCAAAUAUAAAUUAUGGUUUAAAUGUUAAACAAUAGAUGUUUAUAACUUUAUAUCUUUUUUGCAAUUAGACUGUGAGGGAUGUACUCAUGUUUCUAUAUUUGUGUGCAUCACAUCCUUUAUUCUGAGUAUUCUCUAUGUUCCUUAGUCUUGUCCUCAAAAGGUAGCCUCACUGUAAGAACUGCAGACUCCUUACAGAGCAGGACCUUCUCACUGGGUUACUUUGUUUCUUUGUUUGCCAACCUCAAAGGCCCCAGAGGCUCCCUGUGCAGCUCAAUCCAUCCCGGUGGUCUACUCCUUUUGUAGCUCACUCUAAAAGCUGCACCCCACUGUUAGAGCAGUUUUCUACUGCUUAUCAAGACGGAGCUGUCCUUGUCAUAAAAGAAAAAAACAGAAAUAGUGCAGCCUAAAAGGCUUUUUCAAUUGAACGCAUAUAGACAAGAUUCUAGAGGCAGUGAAAACCCUUGGAUGUGAAGUGAGUUGCUCUCUGUUGUCUUCUGACUGAAGGCGGAAGUCAUUGAAACACAUGUCUUUAUUUCAACACUCUUAAGGGAAUUUUAAACCUUCCUAUAGGCACCGCAAAAAAUGAAAACAGUCCUCAUUCUGUUCGGCCUUCUUCUGUCCUAACCGUUGUUAAAUUUGCAGAGAAAUCCUCGGCCUCCUGCAGAGGAGAGCAGCCAUGGCCUGGGAGCGAAGCCAGAAACACCUGCAACAGAUUAGAGCUGCUAAUGCUAGGUCAUAAAUCCUCUCACCCUUCUAGAGAAUCUCCUUAUAAACCAUACAUAGGACAACUCACCCCCUGUGGAACUGUGGGGCUAACUGCGACACAUCAAUGCAGCACUUUUUUAUACCACAAGUAGGAGAAGCAGGUACGUUGUCAAGGUUAUCCCCUGGAUGUGGCCUCUUGGUCAAGAUCAAACCAUUUAGCUGUGAUUAUGGCCAGAAAGCAAAGCUGAGGACAGAUGGAAACCUGAAAAAGUGGUCAGUGGUAGACAGAUUACCCCUUUCUUAAGGUUGUUAUUGAAUUCAAAUAAACAAUUUUUCUGAGAUUGACAUGAUCUCUUAGGAAAAAGCAUUCACUGCAAGAUCAACCCAAAUAUACUGUAUA